CACCACACCGACUUAUGACCAUUGACAUGCUUCCAUCUCGAGAUGUGGAUCUGUUCGUGUACCAGGAGCCAGCCAGCGGGUGGCUACGCUGCCCGCCAGAGGAAGCGAAUUCCGAGGCUCCUUCAAUAUGCCGCGACUUCUCGCUAGUGUUCGUGCUCCGAGGCGAGACGGACAACAUGGAAGAAUGCGGCUUAUGUGUUGCCAAGCAGCACAUGAAAGCCAAGGGCACGCUCACAAUCGCUCGACGCGCCGAAGAGGAAGGAGCAGCUCCAAUCGUUAUCACUAUACACCUGUUUACAGCACAACAGUGGCAAGGUGCCCUAGUCGAGACUGAAGAAAUGUCACCUGAAUGGUUCAGCACAAACGACAUUCCGUACGGACAAAUGUUCGACAUCUCGUCGUUUGAUGAAACGAACACAUGA